UAGGUCGCUGGUUCGAAUCCGGCAGGUCGGAAUUUUUUAAUUUUUCAUUAUUUUGAGUUUUAUUAUCUAUUGAAUUUAUUGUCACAAGUUUCAUAAUACCAACGUGAUUAUAGAAAUUGAAAUAAAAUUCAAAACUUCUUUUAGCGUAGUAAAAUUUUAAAUCAUUGCAUUUGAAGUUGGAAAAAACCAUGGGCGUAUGUUUUGAUUGGUUUUGGAGGUAGGUGUGGUGUCUGAUUAAAAAAGCCUUUGCCUGACACUGCCUGGCAAUAAAUGCACCAAUUCCCCAAACCCCCAGAUCCAGACCUGAGCCAACUUUCUCCAUAUAUAUAUAUAAAGCACUUGCCAAGUACUGGUUAUCAUCACUAUCAGUAUCAUUAUUAGAGUUCUAAACUCAAAACUUCGAUCCCUUGGUUUUCUCCGUUCCCCAAGCUUCCUCGUCAAAUUACCAGGAAGGAAGAAAAAGAAAAGCUGACAAUUAAGAGUAAAGAUGACAACUGUGAGCCUUAUCUCCCCUCGUAUUGUUAAAGCUACAAUCCCCAACCAAUUUUCAAGUGCUAAAGUCAAGGCCACAUCUUUUGGAUCUGUUAAAAGAAUCUCUAUAUCAUUUGGCUUGAAAUGUUCCUUUAAUCACAGAACAUCAAUGGCGGCCUACAAGAUUAAGCUUGUAGGACCAAAUGGUGACGUGAAAGUGUUUGAAGCCCCUGAGGAUCAAUGCAUUUUAGAGGCAGCCGAGAAGGCAGGAAUAGAGCUGCCCUAUUGUUGCAGGGCUGGAGCUUGCUCCAUAUGUGCUGGGAAGAUAGUUUCAGGUUCAGUGGAGCAAUCUGAUGGUAUCUACCUCGAUGAAGAACAAUUGAAAGAGGGUUAUAUGCUGACUUGUGUUUCAUACCCAACCUCAGACUGUGAGAUUCACACUCACAAGGAACUUGAUCUUUACUGUCAGAAAUAAGUAGGGUCUGAAGUUGUCUGAAACUCUUUAUCUAAAUUUUCUAUCAAUGAAUGCUCCCACGGACAAUAUGUUGUCUAAUGUUGUUUGUCAUGUUUGUGGCUGAAUGCCAUAUCAGUGUAGAAUGUCAAUCUUAUUUGUCGAUUGCCAUAGAUUCAGUUGGACCUGUGGCCUCUUAAAACUGCCACAUUAACAGGAGGAAAAAAAAAAAAAAAAACCCUGAAAAUCUUUGUGCCCAAGCUCUGGUGCUGCAAAGUUGAGUUUGAUAGAAGGAUCUCUUGCCUUGUGGGGGAAAGGAAGUUCGUUUUGUUCCCCAAAAAAUCUCAACUUGAUAUAAUUUAUAGACCUAGGCAAUAUGUUUUCAAGCUUAAUAAGAUAGAAACAUGAAAGACAAUAUUUUCCAAGAAGCUACCUUAUAGAAGGCCUUGAUCAGGCUGGUGUCUGAGGGGAGAAAGAAAAGAGGAAAAACAAGGGAAAAUGGGAAAGAGGAGGAAAGGAGAGAGGAUGGAAAAGAAAAGUAGGAAAACGAAAGUGCUUGGGCUUGUUGCUAAAAGGCUCCUUCCUAAACUUUUAGACAUCGAAAAUAAAUUUUCAUCCCAAGAUAAAAAGAUGCAGAACUUUCAGAUUUCUUAUUUUUAUUAUUAUUAAAAAAGGAUCGAUUGUUAAAUACGAAUCAAUUGAAUUAAAUUUCAAGAUCAACUUUUAUAAUCCUUGUUGUGUAAUAACUUUCUUAUCCUAAAUUGGUUUAUCCCAUAUCAAUUACAAUUGGACCCAAAAUGCCAUAAAAUGAGAUCUCAGAAGGAAAAAGCCUCAAAUCACUAUAAACUAACAAAAAGAAAAAGAGCAUGAGACAAAGUUGAGGAUAUGUAUAAUAGCUGUUACUAAUUUUCUUUGCUGAAAGGAGCAGCAAGUGGACCACAAUUUUCACUCAACUUUCUAUAAGAAAAGAAGAUGUUGAGGGAAAGAUAAAACACCCUUUCAUUGACCACAAUCCCACUAAAAAUUAUAGAAAGGUAAAAAGUUUGUUCUGCUAAGAGAGUUUUCCUUCUUCUAGGCUAUUGGAAACCUGGACCACACCUUCAAAUUAUCAAAAGCCCACAAAUCAUUUUCCUCUUGUAUAUAUUUAUAAACAUAAGUUCAUGUUUUUUUCCCCUUCCUUUUCAAUGGACUGAUUGAGAGACAAAAUUGAUUAUCCCUCAAAAAGAAAGUUUUGGUUGAGGAAAAUUGUCAUCCAAUGGUUGAAACUGAACAACAAUGGAUGAAAGUGGAUGGCCUUAGAAUCCAAUGAGUGCUCAAUGAAGGCAUUAAGUGUGAGAGGAAUUCAUAACAAACCACUUUCAUUCCUUCAAGACUCAUUUUCUUUUCUUUCCAUUCACUUUUCCAUGCAGCUUUUUCUCUCAUCAGUGGGCAUAUGCAAAAAGACCCCUUUUUUUUGGAGUGGCAUGUUUUUUU